GUACCAAUGUUUGUGAAUCGUUUUUGUGAAGAUCACAUCUCAUCAAGAGUUCUUCAAACUCCCGAGUAUAGUCUUCAACUGAGCGGGGACCUUGCCUUAGGUGUUGAAGUUUGGAAAAGUUGUCCCGUACAUAUUGUUCGGGCAUGAACUUCUUCUUCAACAAGCUCCUCAUCUUGAGCCAAGUCUUCACAGGGGCCUUAUUCUCUCGCCUUCUAUUGGUGGAUAGGUUGGACCACCAAGUGGAGGCAUACUUCCGAAACUUCAAUGCCACGAUCUUGACCUUUUUUUCUUCGGGCACAUCUUUGAAGUCAAAGACGCGCUCAACAGUUUCCAGCCACUCUAGAAAGUCAUCCGGAUCGUUCUUCUCUUCAAAGGUUGGGUAUUCACCAUGCUCGAUCAUCUUGAGUUUAGUGAGCUGGGAAACUUGCUUGGCCAAGUACUCAACUUGGGCCUUGAGAGCAGCAUUGGAGGCUAGGAGUUCUUCGUUGGACAGGUUGUUGGAAGUGUUUGACAUGAUGAUAGAAAUGUUGGGGGAAGGAGGGAUGAAUGUGGGGAGGGCUGAGGUUGAGGGUCAAGGAGUGGGGUGGAUUGAAUAUGAUCUUGGGAAAGACACCGGAUUGAUGGGAAGCACCACAACCAUUGCUUUGGGUAUCACCUUGAAACAACUUCCUUUCAUGGUGAUAAGCAGACCAUCCUCCUUUUGGAAUAGAUGGGCAGGUUUCUGGUGGGGGUAUGACCAUGGCAUUCGGUGGAGAGGCUAUGGUUUCGUGGGGGUUUUGAGUGCUGGAAGUGAAGGUGGUUCUGGGGGUGUUUUGGGCAGUUUGUGGAGGGGUUAUAGACAUGAGUUUAGGAAAGUUUUGAGGCAGGGUUUUGGGGUUAAUUUGGAAAGUAUUCAAGGAAGAAAAAAGAUAGUUUGUGAGGACUUUUGGGGCAGGGGUGCUAAAAGGGUAUUUGGAUCACUUUGGGCAGUAGCUAGGGAUGGAAUAUAGAUGGGUUUUGAGGACUUUUUUGGCAGGGGUGUGGGAAGGGGUGUUGGGUUAGUUUUGGAAGUAGUCAAGGAAGAAGUAUAGAUGGGUUUUAAGGAGUUUUGGGGCAGAGGUGUGGAGAAGGUGUUGGGGUGAAUAUGGGCAGUGGCUAAGGAAGGAAAAGGGCUGGUUUGAGUUGGGUUCUUAGGUAUAGGAGAAGGAGUUUGUUGAGAGACAUUUUGGACAAUAUGAUUGUAAGUUGAAGAGGGGAAUUUAGAGGGAGUGUGGGUUGUGGACAUGGCAGUGGCUUUUUGAAUGUUUUGGGAAGUAUUAAGAGGGUGCAAGGUGAUGGUUUUAUAAGGGUAUUGGACAGUGGGAAUGGAGGUAGCUUGUGCAGUGUUUUG